UGUGCCCGGUUUGAAAGUGGACUGUCCGAGUCGCAAGUCAAUUAUCAACUGAGGGCAGAUCUCGCUUUUGUUGCCAGCUUAUCGCAGUCGUAAACUGAAUUAAAUGCAAGGAGAGACGGUGGGGAGCUCAGUGGGCGUCUUAUUAAUAAUAUUAAAAGAAUUGAGAGGUUGAGUGCAGCAUGCAAAUAAAAAUAAAGCAUACUUUCAGAUGCACACAUUGUAAGGAUAGUUUUCUGUUUUAUAAAAACUUGAUCAAAUAAAACAUACAUAAUGGAAGUGCUUGAAGAGGGAAAUUUAAUGGACAGAGUGCCGAUUUUACUGCAGCGCGAUCUCGAGUUUUACCAGACUCAUCAACGGGUACUCCAGGAACCAAUUUGUUCAGGAGUUGUGGGUGGAAAACUGGAUUUUCCACGUUACGCUUCCUUUGCUGCUAUUAAAUUAAUAAGAUGGUGGGAAGAUGAGUACUUUGCCUCUUACCGAAGGCCGUCUGGACUUUUGCAUACCGAAAAGGAAAUGAAUGAAGGAGAUUUUUCCAGUGUCACCGUGAAGACCUCUGAUCCGGAUAAGUUUGUGCAGCUGGUCACCAAAUCGGCUGACUUACUUCUGGAGCACGUUCAUCGCCUUUCGCAGGAGUCCUUGGAUCAUGCCGACUUAUCCGUGCUCACUGCCACAAUUGGAGCUGCUUCGCUGGUGAAGAAUUCCCUCAGUGUUUAUAUGCAGGCAGCCACCACCACUAUUUGUCCCCCGAAAGGCGAUGAAAAGGGUGGUGCUCUCAAGCUCAGUUUCAAGCAAUAUUCCCAAAUGUCAGAGGCCUUGGCUGAACGACUACUGGAUCUCCACUGCCGAUUACUACUACUCUAUAUAAUGCAAGAUGCCGAUUGUCUGCAUUGGGAGGAUACUCAACCGUUUUUCGAAUCGGAAAGGGGUUCCUAUACCGUUCAGAUGUGGUGGCAUUAUAUGAGGGGCUCCAAAACCGAUCUGUGGAAUUCGGUGCCACCGAAAAUGGCUCAAAAGAUAUUCGCCGGAAUGCUAAACGAAACGCUGAGUGUACUGACUGUGCGAUAUACCCAGAUAGUGACCAGUGUGGCUAGAUCCACACUCCAUCUGGUGGACAUCUGCAAUAUGCUCCUCUGCAUCGCUGAACUACUGCCCCAUAUUUGUGAAAGUGGUGAGGCCUAUGUGGGAUUGCAGCUAAGUAAUCAGAGCGUUAUCCUCAGAGAUAUUCAUGCAAAGUGCAGGGAGCUCUUCUAUUGCCUCCUCCUAAGGGGUUCUCCGCUUGGAGUGCUUUCCAAGGUUUUUCGUAAGGGCUUGGACAACAUGGAAAUGUUUAGCUCUCGUCACGGUUUACCCAGUGCUUGGAUUAUUUUUGCUCUUCCCAGAUAUUUUCCCAAGGAGCAGUCCUGUCAAUGGGUCACCGAAUUCUCAGAUCUUUCUACCAACACAGCUAUUUCCUUGGACUUAAGGGUUUUACUCGCCUUUCCCGAGGCAGAUUGGUCGUAUCUGCUGAAGAUUCUGCUGAUGAGAGAUGCAUAUCUUACUGGCAUUAUAAUGCGACAUCUGAUGCAGCAUUUACCUUCCGCGGAAAACUUUAAAAACGUGGCUAAGAUUUCAUUUACCAGCGCCGAAGGGGCUCCUCAAAAGUGCGAGGCUUUUUUGUGUCGUGGCGAGUGCUUUAAUGUCACCGAUUCUAUAGCUGGGGAUAUAGACCCCGUGGGGCAGUCCAACUACCAAAUUGUCCUCUCACUUACUUACUUAGUGGUAGCCGUAGGCAAGGCGGUGGACAUUAAGUCCUGUCUGAUAAAAACCCUAGAGGAGCAUGCGAUUGCAGGGUGGAGCGAUUGCCUGGACAAAAGACAAGUGUGGAACCAGAAGCGAACUCCCUGGUUGGAGGCCAUCAUGCACUUCGUAUACCCUGUUCUCGAUUGUGUGGUGGAUAUGUUAGUUAAUGCCGUGGAAAAUGGAGCCAGCAUGUAUCAGGCGAUGUCUUUGGCUCUAACGUGUGUCUCUGAGAUCUGGGACUGUCUUCCCGAGGGGCUGUACAAAAUUGCUUCUUUGCUACAGGAUAUCAUACCAGUUUCGACAAAACCUUUGGGGGAUUCAGUGCUAUUGCAGGUGGUUUUUGCAGCUCUCUAUACGGAAUUAAUAAAAACCGCAGAGAUGUAUGAGCAGGCAAAAAACGAAGAAAAGGCCGCCAUAUGCUAUUCCAUAUCGGAGGCGAUUUGCUCAAUUGACGAAGAUGACAAGCACACGGAUCAGAUCGAAUUGUUUCUCAAACAGGCCAAGGAGAGUAUUAAUUUGGACACUGAUUUCGGGGGAACAGUGGGUGGCAAUAAUCGAGGGGCUGGCGGAAUGAGUGCUGUGAGUACCAUCAAAAUGGAUGAUUUGGCCUUGACAAAUGCGGAAUCAGAUCGUCUGAGCCACAGUCCACCGAAUAACUAUGCCAUGGAGUUGGAUGUCGGCAUUGCAGAUUAUAUAGCCGAGGUUCUGGUCAGUGAUGUUUUGACCACAAACAUUGGAAAACAGGCCCUGAAAGUGGUUUAUAACUAUUUGAAAUUCAACAAGGACUGGUUACUCGAACAAUUGGGAACGGGCGAUAAUGAUCCGAGUCCUUUUCAGGGUGUUCAGGGUCAGAAUAUCAAGGAGGCCAAGACCUCCGUGCUGAGGUCCAUGUUUUUCAUUGGCAACACCCCCUUUGACCAGCUGCUCACGGGCUCUCUGAAAAUCGACUAUGUCAGUUGGCUGCAGAUGCCGUUGUCCUUGAAUCCGGAAAGGACCUGGCUGCAUUUAACCAGACGCUGUGACUUCCAAGAGGAUGCCAAGCUGUCGCUGCCCGAGGUCGCCAUGGUGGCCGGGAUUACCAAGAUAAUGAAGCGGCGCAAGGAGUUUCCCAAGUGAGCUACGCGGGAAGCGUCAUUAGCAUCGCGUGCACUCGAAGA